ACAUAUUACAGCGCCGGCCGCCAUCGAAUCAGUGAUUGGUGUCGCAGUGCAACAAGCGAAACGUAUUGUUCCUUAGAGCAACGCAAGUGUAUUCUUAUUUUCACCUAUUAAUUGGUGUACAAAUGUCGAGUCCUGACGAAUGCAAACUCAAGGGUGGACACCCUCCUGCAGUAAAAGCAGGUGGAAUGAGAAUUACCCAACAUAAAUCACCGAAAGAGGAUCGUGAAAUAAAGCCGAUCAAGGAUGCAGAUGAAAGUAAACCAUCGAGUAGUCCACCUAAAACUGUUAUGAUCAGCGGAUUUCCUGCAAAAGGAAAUGCAGACUUUCCUCCAGAAGCUGUUCAAGUCUUCCAUGAAAAGCCUAUACCAACUCAUGAUGCACGUCCUGCUCACUGUUCGCGCCCCAUCAUUAUUCAACAACCCAGGAAGUGAACAACACGUGUAUUAUUGAUCAGGAGGGCAGUAACUGAAAACAGUGGCCCAUAUACAAUUAAAUGAAAAAAAAGAACAAAAAAAGA